CUGGAGACGGAAGCGCUGGGCAGUGUGCAGCCGAGGAAGACUCUUACCGCUGGGCCUGUGCGCUCAGGUAGAGGCGGCGGCUCAGGUAAAAUAAUGAUUGGGUUUGAGUGAUGUUUUAGCAGUCCUCUGAAGCCAUCAUAACUGUGCGCCAUAGACCAGAAGAAUCCACAGCCCGACCCAAGGCUGGGGGCAGGGAGGCUGCAGCCCUUAGCUGAGAAGUGCCUGCCGUCUGUGGGUGGAGAUGUGGAGAUUGGCACCGGGCGACGGGAGGCGGCUGUCCACAGGCCCCGCACCGAGGACCUGCUAGCCUUCGUGACCCCACUCAAGCCGCGGCCAUGAACUACGUGGGGCAGCUGGCGGGGACGGUGUUCGGGACGGUGAAGGAGCUGUACCGGGGUCUGAACCCGGCCACGCUGAGCGGCGGCAUCGACGUGCUGGUGGUGGAGCAGCAAGACGGCUCUUUCCGCUGCUCCCCCUUCCACGUGCGCUUCGGCAAGCUGGGUGUCCUGCGCUCUCGCGAGAAGGUGGUGGAUAUCGAGAUCAAUGGGGAGCCAGUGGACCUGCACAUGAAGCUGGGGGACAGCGGGGAGGCCUUCUUCGUCCAGGAGCUGGAGAGUGAUGAGGAACUUGUGCCUCCCCGGCUGUGCACCUCGCCCCUCCCCUGGGGGGGCCUGUCAGGCUUCCCCUCAGACUCCCAGUGGGGCACAGCCAGUGAGCCCGAGGGCUCUGUUGUGGCAGGGGGCGCCUCCACUGGGCGGAAGAAGCGCCGCCGCAGGAGGAAGCCCAGGUGGAAGGAGGGCGCAGCAACGGACUCCAGUUCAGAGGAGCUGGAAGCAGGCGCCGAGAGCGGGCUGUCCCUGCUGGAAAAACCAAAGUCGGAGUCCCUAGGCGGUGCCCAGGCAGAAGGGGAGUCCUCACCCCGGCUCAAAGACAUCUACCCCUACUCUGAUGGGGAGUGGACUCCCCAGACCAGCUUCACAUCAGAUGGGCUGGCCUCUCCCAAGAGCGACUCAGAGCUGGAGCUGCGGGCCUCAGAGCCCAGCCCCCUGAGAGCGGAGUCCCACAUGCAGUGGUCCUGGGGACGGCUACCUAAGGUGGCCAAAGCAGAGCAGUCUGAAGACAACACCGAGACCCUCUCUCCUCCUCGGGGUGGGCCAAACACCCGCUCUGCCUCUGUGGUGGGCACGGACUCCUCAGGACCCCCCGUCCUGCAAACCAUGGCUGGCACUGACCUGCUGUCGCCUGAUGAGGCUCCUGCUCUGGCAGGGGCCCCACUCCCCAACCCCCAGAGCGAGGCCUCCAAGAUUCAGUGUUCUGGGGACAUACGCCUCCGUCCUGCCACAAAAUCAUGGAGCUGGGCAGCUCUGGAGGACCCUGCUCCCCAGAGGCCACCAAUGGGAGCCGGCAGAAGGGAAGGCUCCCUGAAGAGAAGCCAGCACCUGGGUCCUAGUGACAUCUACCUGGAUGACUUGCCCUCCCUGGAUUCUGAGAACGUGGCCCUUUACUUCCCGCAAAGUGACUGUGGGCUGGGGGCCAGGAGGUGGAGUGAGCCCAGCAACCAGAAGCUCCUGGGAGCCCUGACCUCCGAGCCCAAGGCAGAACCCAUCCCCGACGCGGUGGACACCAUAGCGUUGUCCCUCUGUGGGGGACUGGCUGACAGCCGGAGCGUCUCCCCAGAGAAGUUCACCCAGCAUGCCGUCUCCUAUCAGGACCUCUGCAAGAACCCCAGCCUCCUGGAGGACCCCAACCUCGUGGUGGAAAUCAACAAGAAGCAUUAUAAUUGGGCUGUGGCUGCCCCCAUGAUCCUCUCCCUCCAAGCCUUCCAGAAGAACCUGCCUCAGAGUGCUGUGGACAAGCUGGAGAAGGAGAAGAUGCCCCGGAAGGGGGGACGGUGGUGGUUCUCCUGGAGGCGCAGGGACCUCCCUCCUCAGUGCCUGAACCUACACAAAGGGGCCAAUGACGUGGUCUUCAGUGUGACCACCCAGUACCAGGGCACCUGCCGCUGCAAGGCCACCAUCUACCUGUGGAAAUGGGACGACAAGGUGGUCAUCUCGGACAUUGACGGCACCAUCACCAAGUCUGAUGCUCUGGGCCACAUCCUGCCCCAGCUGGGAAGAGACUGGACGCACCCGGGCAUCACCAGUCUCUACCACAAAAUCCACCUAAAUGGGUACAAGUUCCUGUACUGCUCUGCAAGGGCCAUCGGCAUGGCUGACCUCACCAAGGGCUACUUGCGGUGGGUGAGCGAACGGGGCUAUGGCCUCCCCAAGGGCCCCAUUCUACUAUCUCCCAGCAGCCUCUUCUCAGCCCUCCACAGGUAACCACCCC